GCCUCCCUCCCCUCAGGGCCUCCCCUCAGGGCCUCCCCUCAGGAACUUGAGAGUUUAAUGAGAUGGAGACUAAUCAUUUCUAUGCGGGAUCAGCACUGCAGAAAAACCAUCCCUUGUCAUUUGCUUGGUAAAAAACACCUUCCCUAACCCCUCCCGGCCUCAUCCAUGGCUCUCAAGAGGCAAGUGAAGAACUUUGUGAAAAAUUACUCAGAAGCUGAAAUAAAAGUCAGGGAAGCCACCUCAAAUGACCCUUGGGGUCCUUCUAGUUCGCUGAUGUUAGAGAUCAGCGAUCUCACAUUCAGCGGAGGAUCUCUCUCGGAGAUUAUGAAUAUGCUGUGGCAGAGACUGAAUGACCACGGAAGAAACUGGCGCCACGUGUACAAGUCCCUGACGCUCAUGGACUAUCUCAUCAAGAAUGGUUCGAAGAAAGUUAUUCAGCAAUGCCGAGAAUGUUUUUUUAACAUCCAAACGCUGAAAGAUUUUCAACACGUGGAUGAAGCUGGAAAAGAUCAAGGUUAUUACGUUCGAGAAAAAUCUAAGCAAAUAAUAGCUUUGUUGAUGGAUGAACAACUGUUGCAAAAAGAGCGUGAGAUCGCCUGCCGAACAAGGCGACGAACGUCCUACUCGGUGACAUUCCCCAAAGGAUUUCCAGCUACAAGUCACUCACCUACUUCCUCUGCCUCUGCCCCGCCACCAGAGAAUCCCGCUUCAGCGAACAAGUGUAAGCUUUUCAAAGUCCCAAGGCUGCACCUUUCUAGACAUGCCCACAAGACAGAAGAGAAGCAAGAGCAGAACCAAUCCUUUCAGAUGCCAAGCAAAAACACAACAUCCCAAGAAACACUGCCACUCAAAAUCAGUGCCUGGAAAUCCACCGAGGACCUGAUCAUAUUUUAUGAUGAUGAAGCAAAAGCUCUUUGGCCACCAAGAUCUCCCGCCAACCUCUCGUCAGCAUCAGAAUUGUCCAGAGGACAGCCAGAAAUGCCUUAUUCCUGGGACUCAGAUGCAGUUCCUGUCUCUUUGGAACAAAGCUCAUUUGCCCAAGCAAAUUUGGAGUCAGGGAGGAGACCAGAUAUAACGAUUUCAAAUUUUGCUACCCGAAAAACUUUACAGCUGCCUCCAGGAAAACCCUCCGCUCUGAACAAUUCUGAAGCACUGGGAAUGAUGCACGAUUUUUGGUCCCCAAAUGGAGAAGAGUUUGUUAAUACUAAUCUAAAGUCCUCAACCUCAGACAAAUUUUCUCACAAGCCUCAGGCUUCUGUCGAGACCCUUUAUGUUUCUUCUGCGUUGAAAGCGUUUCAUCCUUCCAGGAGAAGUGAAAGUGGGAAGUACCUGAAAUCAAGUUUGUCUUCUUCCAUACAAAAUCCAGAGAUGAGCAAAACGGCUUUGCCAAACUUCAGUUCAAGAACCUCCAGUAUUGUUCCGGUGGAUAGUACGGGCUCCAACCCCUACACACAACAUGAUUUGACCAGCUCUGGAGGAACACCCCCCUUCUUUUCCUCCUUCUCCAUUUCAUCGCCCGAUUCUGCUACCCCGGAGGACAUCGUUCGUCCUUUGCCUAAAUAUUCUGACGAAUCACCCUUCUGGCCCUCGCAGGGCAAGUCCUCCUCUUCCAUUUUUUUCAAAGAUAUGAAGAUUAGAGUCAACUACCCUCCUGCUCCCUUUGGGGUGUCCUCAGACGAAAAGGAGACCGGCCAUAUCAGUGCGCUGGACUUUCUCCCUAAUUAUUCCAAUCCUGCCGGAAACCCAUCGUGUUUAGAAAACAGAACUGUCGACGUUUCGGAAAGUGACUGGGUAGCAUUUUCCACCCAAGAGGUAUCCGGUCUAUCCUCUGUGUCCAGGGAUAAUAUUCUGGCAAAUAAAAGCCUCCCUGAGGAGAAUGGGUCACCCAAACCCAUUUUAGUCAUUUUAGGAGAGAUAAAAAGUGCUUUAGAGGGAUUGCGUGGAGAUCUAAGCAAUGCGGUACAAGAGCUGCGUAUCAUCAAAGGCCACCUGGUAAUCAUGGCUAGGAAGAGUCAGGAAACCAAAAAGGCUUUGAUAAUUUCUCCAACUCCUACAGACUCACCAGUCAGGCCUUCACCUUCAUAGUGGACCCUUUUGCUAUGCCAGAUGGAUAUUCCUGAGGGUUUAAGAGUUGACCUUUCACCUGACUUGAAUUUCCUGCUGCAGGAUUAUGGUGCCAUCUUACUUUUUUCCUAUAAAAUGUAUUAAUAUCUAAAAAAAUCAAUCAACACGCUUGGGGACAUUUAAUGAGAAAAAUAAUUUUAGCUUCUGUAGAAUGUUUUGAGUUUCUAAUUCCAAGCCAUCCAGAAUGCACAAGAAUGUUACCUUUCAAAUGUUAUGACUUUGAAGUGGAAGGUGAAGAUUAGCAGCUCUGAAACCUGAAGUCCUCCUGGCCAGAGCUUAGAUUGGAAGGAGGAAAUCUUUCCUAACUUACAAAUACAAAGUUUCCUUGCCAGCAAGUACCUCUGCUCUGGCUUAAAGGGUCCACUUUUAAGGUUGGGGGAAUCUAAAUAUAGGUUGGACUUAAUGUUAUGCUCAGCUGCAGGCGUUCAAACCAAGUAUCAAAAAUUUCUUUUUUUUCCCCCCUGCCUCUUUUGGUAUGUGGCCAGAUAGAAUCUAGGUUAAAAUUCCAGGUAAUUGACUGUAAACAUCAAAUAACUCAGAUAAAUUGUCUGUACUUUUAUUUUAAAUUAAAAUAAGAAUACAAGUGAACCGACUCUUACCUUGCGUUAUGGGAAAUAAAGCAUUUUUCUGUUA